AUGGGCCAGACCUUUGGUCUUUACGUUCCACGACUUGCAAUCGAGAAUGCAGGAGUUCUACAUUCACUUCUAGCUGUAGCGGCCAUAGCACAGCAAGCAGACACGAGAACGUCUUUCAAGGAUGUUGAAUACCUCCAGUCCCUUGCUGGUUCGAUGCCUAUGCACGCAGAAGGCAUCUCCCUCAGUGACGGCGAUCUGGUCCACCUGACUCUCUGGACCGCGUGCCAAUUUACCUCGAGCAUCUUGGACGGAUGGCAGGAUCUGCCCACCAUGAUAGGGGACAGCUUUUGGACGAUGGCGCUUGCCGAGGCAACUUCGAAGACGAUCUCAAUCUUGUCCGUGUUGGUACGGCUUGAACUCGCAGCGGCGCUUGUGACCGGCGCACCCAUCUCCGUCCCUGAACAACUUCACUCUAACCCGAUAUCCCAACCAUGGGAUUCCUCUACAAUUGCAGAAACUAUGUUUCAAUACACCAUCGAGCCGCUCCUCCUCUGCGCCAAGGUAGUCAACUUUUGCGCCGGCAGCUUCCCCCGGCAAGCUCCCGAUCUCGGCGCUCCUCCAACCCCCGUCCAUCGCUGGACAGUGCUCAGUGAUGCCUUAGGCACCUGGUACGCCAACCGGACCCAGGAGUUCCGGCCCAUGGUCGAAAUCGACGGCGACGAGAACCUCUUCCCUAUCAUUCUCUUCACCAAUGGCGCUGCUGUCUUCGCGAACCAGCUAUACCAUACCGCCAUGCUCCUGCUGCUGCAGAACAAGCCGCGUACGCUGCAAGCAGCGGGCAAGAAGUCGUCGUCCAUGUCGCCGCUGUGGCACGCCCAGCGCGUAUGCGGCAUCGCGCUGAACAACGACCGGCGAGACACCUGGGAUCUCUGCCUGGUUGCGUCGCUGUACCUGGCUGCGCAGAGGAUGACGUAUGAACCGCAGCAGAGGGCCAUCCUGGAGUGUUUUGAGCGCGUCAAGGCGUUGACGGGGUGGAACGUCGACGGGUUUUCGACAAAGGCCCGUGAAGACUGGGGACUGAUGUAG